AGGGUAUCUUUUUAAAUUGGUCGUAGUACAUUUCUAAUGAUGCAUACAAAUUGAAUUGACCCAGUAAAAUAAUAAAAUAAAAUCAAGCCGAGAUUCAUCCAAAAUUGUAUUAUGUAGUGAAAAUUAAGCAAAUAGAGUGUUAUCGGGCAGUUUCCUUUGAUACAUAUUGAAGGAAGUCCGAUAAUGUCAGACUACGAUCUUCAGUUCCAAGCGGAUUUGGAGAAGGCCCAGGCUUUAAGUUUAGAAAGUCUGGCUCUAGAUCAGUUCCGUAGACAGAAGGCACUAUCUAGCUCAGAUAAUGUUCGCGAGGUGGCCAGUGUUAGCGGUCGACGCCGCGAGGAGAUUGACGGCCCGCCACCUGCCUUGCCGCCGCCACCACGCAAGUCGCCACGAGGACGUACGUCUAUCUCUGAUGGUCCCAGAUCAACUGGAACCAGUCCAACUAGGGACGACAGUAGCGACCUGAUAUCGUUCUCAAGCCCUACUAGUAAACAUGCGCCGAAGGAACCGCAUGUCAAGCUGAAGGAGUACAUUGAUCAGAUCACUAAGUUAGGUCAGCAGACUGAAGAGCUAUCACUAAACAGUACGGAGCAACCAGUCACAAUGAACAACCAGCCGUACAAUCAACGACCGCCGUAUCCUUACGCGCCGCAGUAUCCAUACAACUACCAACAACCGUUCACGCCCAUGCCACCGUACCCUACAAACCCUUAUGGCAUGCCGGCUCCCAUGGUACCGGGAGCCAUGCCGACCCCCAUGCCAAUGCCUAACUACGCGUAUUACGCUCCUCCCCCAAUGGCAGUUCCCACAGAAAUGCCCCCAACUUUCGUACCUAUAAACCCUCCGAUGUAUCCCCCGGUACAAUACAGUCAGACGCGAAUGGCCGCUCCAUCUCCCUAUGCAUACCCUCCUACUCCUUAUAACUAUAAUACCACAAAUAUGAUCUCUCGACCUCCGAGGCCGGUGACGUCUAUGUACCCUCAGCUGAACCAAACGCACACAUACCCAGCUGCGUCACAGAGCCAAUCAGUGUCAGCGAAUAGUACAGCGAACAAUAAUGGUGUGAGUCAAACAGCUGUUAAGACGGAACCUGUGAAGGAUACUGUUGAGAAUAAUUACUCGAGGAAGUUGUCCGAAGUCAGUAUUGCGUCGAACGAGUCAAACGACACAGUAGGUAGCCUGCCGAAGUCUAUGAACCUUAUCGACUUCGGUCGCAACAGCGCACAAGGUAGCGUAAGAGUCAGUGUGCUAGAAGCGUUUGAUCCCCUACUAACUGAGAAAAAUAAUACGGAAAAUGCAGCAGCUUCAAGCGAAUGUUCAAGCAGUGUGUAUGAAGAGUAUGACCCGUUGGACUUUCUGUACGGGGAGACGGAAAUGCGAGACGCCGCUGUCUAUGCUACCAUUAAUAAGAAGGAUACAAUGUUACCUUCUCCGCCGCCUAAGUCUAUACCCAGUGUGCCGGCUGUUGCUUUGAGAUCUACUACAAACAAACUUUACGACUGCAUAGUGAAAACGAGAUCAAGGAAUUACGAUAGCGAGCACAAAGCCUUCCUCAAAAUGGUCUUGGAUGUUAGAAAAAGAUUCACCCAUUCAGACGAGAAAACGAACCCGGGGCAUGUAAUAGCGGCCCGAUCCGGCGGCAAAUACCCACCGAACACCAGCAUCAAGAUUCUAGUCCACCACGCACAUUCCGAUGAACCCAUCACAUUUACUUCUGAUGUGGAAUCGACAGUGGAACAUGUGAUAUUAACUGUAGUGUGUUCUCUAGACGAGGACAUUAGAGAAGAUAUGUCUGAAUAUAUGUUGCGGGUAUGGGGAGCAAAAGAAUACCUAACGCCCGGUAGUUCGCUAAGCGAGUACGACUACAUAAGGGAAUGUGUUCGUCUAGAAAAAGACGUGACUCUAUGUCUAAUGGAGGGCAAAGACAAUGUACUAGCGCGUUCAGAGAGGGACGACGCGAGGGAUGCACAUCUCACGCUUGACGACUUACUGCCCUGCCAUGGAGCUACGCCACAGCUGUCGUUUGAUAACUUGUCUAUAUUGUUAGAAACCCUAGAAGGCGAGUUAUCCCGCGCGGUAGGCGUGACGGGCGCGGAAGGCAGCUGCUCGCCCAAAGCCGUGUUCCAAGCCGUCAAGGCCAUAUGUGCACUGGCGGGCGGCGUCGAGACAUUACACGUUACACAUACAUUGAACGCCUUUGCACAGGCUUGUACUACACAGGGCAACAACAACGGCAUGACUCCCGAAAUCUCUUCAGACAACGGUCCGUACUGCGCCGUGUCUCUGCGCGGUGCCACGCGGCGCGAGCACGUGGCGCAACACUGCGCCCGCGUCAGAGAUGCUGUGAGAGCACUACUGGCGCUGUAUGGACGGACCAGGCUGUUGGACUUCAACCUGACGGACACGCAUUAUCUUACGCCUAGUAAUACUGCCAAAGCAAUACCAGCGCACACAAUAUCAGAAACGACCCUGUUCUGUAUCGAAGCGGUCCACUGCCUACCACUGUGCUGGAGCCACGAGGACUACCUGUUCCAAGCGCAAGUGUACUACGGCACCCGCCCGCUGAAGACCUUACACGUCACACAACCGUCGCGGAUAGAGAGUGCUGCUUUCUAUCCUAGGAUUAUUUUUGAUACUUGGUUAAACCUAGAAGACGUGCCAGUUAACACACUACCCCGCGAGUCUCGCCUAGUCAUCACGUUAUACGGCCGCUCCCAGCGGACUGAGGACAGCCAGCACCAGAGUACUGAGAACAACCAGGCCAACAGCCAGGAGACUGAUGAGAAUAAUGAUGUACAGUAUGAUUUAGUGGAGUUAGGCUGGGCUGCUAUACAGAUGUUUGAUUAUGAUGGCAUGUUAGCAUCAGGUAAUUACGUGCUGCCUCUGUGGCCCGUGUACUGUGACCGUCGCAUCGGCCCCGCGCCGCAUCCGAUGCACUCGCCCGCGGGGACAUUCCCUGUUGUUAAUAUUGAAAUCCCCCUCUACGCGCACACUGGUGUAAAAUGGACGAACGGCGAGGAAGGUCGGCAGCGGACGUUGACCCGGGACGAGCUGCCUAAGUUCGACAGUCUGGACGGACACACGCAGUCGCAGCUGUUACAUCUUAUAGAGCAGGGCGCCUAUCAGAGGAUGCCUAGUGAAUGUAGAGAGAUAAUGUGGGAAAAACGUCAAUACCUAGUACAACUGGCGGGCGCUUUACCUCUGGUUCUAAUGGCGGCCACCAACUGGUACGGGGAACAUAGACAACAGCUCAUCGCGCUGUUGAACGUAUGGGAGAAACCUUCGCCCUUGAACGCCAUGCAUUUGCUGUUGCCCUGUUUCCCAGACGAGGCGGUCCGUGAAACAGCAACGCGUCUAAUCAACGAGAUGUCAGAUGACGAUCUAUGCCGCGUGAUGCCGCAACUCAUUCAGGCGUUACGACAUGAAACAUAUGAGGCCAGUCCUGUUGCUGAACUGUUACUAUCUCGCGCUCUGGCGAGUCCGGCGGUAGCACAUCGAUUGUUCUGGCUGCUAGUCCAUUCAUUGCCAAAUGUACCCCAGGGUCCAAACCAAGAGUUCCUGGGCAUAACGCUAGAGGAGGGAGCUACCGAAGCGCAGCCGGCAGACGCGGGUGUGGCGGCCACGUGGCGCUACCGCCUGCUGCUGCGGGCGCUGCUGGCCGUCUGCGGCGAGAACCUGCACAACACGCUACUGCGACAGCAGCUGCUCGUCAAGACCCUCUCGGAAGUAGCUCAAGCAGUGAAAGACGCGAAGGAGACAGCUCGACAACGUGCUCUAAGCGCCGGCAGCGUCAAGCUAGCGUCGUUGUUACGUCAGCAGCCCGCCGCGCUGCCGCUAGCGUUACACAAAUACGUGCAUGAUGUUGAUGUCAAGUCCUGUAUGUACUUCGCAUCAAACACACUGCCACUUAAGAUCAACUUCAUCGGAAGCGAUAAUGCUGUUAUUCCUGCUAUGUUUAAGGUUGGUGACGAUUUACGUCAGGACGCGUUGGUAUUACAAGUGAUCAAAGUAAUGGACAGCCUUUGGCUGAGAGCUGGUUUGGAUCUUCGGAUAGUCACCUUCCAAGCUUUACCUACUAGUGAUAAGAGAGGUAUGAUAGAAAUAGUGUCAGAAGCGGAAACUCUUCGCGCUAUACAAACGGAGUGGGGGUUAACGGGGUCGUUCAAGGAUAAGCCAAUAGCAGAGUGGUUGGCGAAACACAACCCGUCCGAACUCGAAUAUCAACGAGCUAGAGAUAAUUUUACAGCGUCAUGUGCCGGCUACAGCGUUGCGACAUAUCUCCUAGGUAUAUGUGACCGACACAACGACAACAUAAUGUUGAAGACUUCAGGCCAUCUGUUCCAUAUAGACUUCGGUAAAUUCCUCGGAGACGCACAGAUGUUUGGUAACUUUAAAAGAGACCGAGCCCCGUUCGUACUAACUCACGACAUGGUGUACGUGAUCAACGGCGGCGAGCGUCCCACGCAGCGCUUCCAGCACUUCGUGGAGCUGUGCUGCAUGGCCUUCAACAUUGUACGAGCUCAUCACGAUCAUAUACUGGAUCUGUUUGCACUGAUGGCGCUAUCAGGAGUGUCAGGAGUGACGAGCGCGGCAGUGGGCUACGUCCGCGCGGCGCUACUUCCCGCCGCCACCAACGCCGAGGCCGCUGCCGCCUUCGCCAGGCUCAUUCACUCCUCGCUCAAGAGCAAGUUCACACCGAUAAACUUCUUCCUGCACAAUUUGGCGCAGCUGCGCGCGAGUGGCGAUCAGAGCAAUAACACUUCAGAACUACUGUCCUUCAUGCCAAGGACGUAUACCAUGGCGCAAGAAGGUCGCUUAGUAAGCGUAGAAUGUCUCGGCUACGAGAAACGCUACGAUCCCGAAAAGCACUACGUCUACGCGCUGCGCAUCUACAGACAGGGACAGACUACGCCGUUCGUGCUAUACCGCUCUUACAAGCACUUCACGGAACUUUACCAGAAGAUUUGUCUGCAUUUCCCUCUGGCUAAAGUACACAGUCUACCAUCAGGCCUACACGUCGGUCGCUCAAACACGCGACAAGUAGCGGAUCGUCGGUUCGGCGACGUCCAAGCGUUCCUCACUUCACUGUUCAGUUUAGCCGAUGAGAUCGCUCACUCCGACCUAGUCUACACUUUUUUCCAUCCACUGUUGAGGGAUCAGCAGGAUGUGGAGCCACAGAGGACGAGGAGAGGUGAAACAGCAGAGCCAGAGAACAGCGGCUCAGGUUCACUGAAGCUAUCAGUGCAGUACGCGAGCGGCGUGCUCUCAGUGCUGAUAUUACACGCGCAGUCGCUCGCACUCACGCCGCAGGGCCUGCCGCCUAACCCUUAUGUUAAGGUGUACCUCGUACCUGAUCCAACAAAGGAAACGAAAAGAAAGACACGAGUCCUAAAACGGAACUCGCACCCAUCUUUCAUGGAGAUGUUAGAAUACCGUCUACCUUUAGACGUAGUCACGACCAGAAGUCUUCAAGCCACAGUGUGGCAUUACGACUCCUUACAGGAAAACCAGUUUUUAGGCGGCGUUGUCAUUCCUCUCAACGCGUUGCCGCUCCGACAAGAGACUGUAGGCUGGUACCCUCUCGAGUACAUACCUCGGUAGCUAGUGCUGUCCCGCUCCGCACUUUGGAGCACUGAGUUCCCCAUGUGAUAGGUCUAUUGUGCCCAUUGUAUUACGUAACGAGUAACGUCAGAAUUAUUUAUACAACUUCGAAGUAUCGAUAUCGAUAUGUUUGGUAUAUUGAGUGUGGCCCAACCCUAAGACGAUUCAAAUCUAAAGUGCGUAUAUGUGUUUUAUGAGCUUGAAAUAAGGUUCAAAAUGAAAUGAUUGACGUCUGAGAACAUGUCGUGGCUUCAAUAGUCAUCGAUCUAUCUAAUCAUGUUCCUUUCUAAGGUCUUAUGUCUUGAAGGGGAUGAAAGUAGCAGGGCGGGUUUUCCGCUACUUGUAUUUAUUUGAAUAUAAACUGGCAUUUAUAUCAACUAAUGUACUCUAUACUUCACAUUUUAAUUUACAUGAAAUCUUUAUAUAUCCCAUCUUUCAUGGAAAUUGAUUUUAUUGUAAAAAUCGCUUUCACUACAAUAUAUUAUUUGUAUUUAUAGCUUUCAGUAUUGCCGUAUCAAUAAAACUUCAAUAUUAUUCUUCCAGUAUUGCAAUAUUAUAUUAUUUCUGUGUGAAACUUGUCCGAUGUAAAAUAACAUGUAAAUAUAUUUUACUAAUACGUGUUAGUGCCAAAAUGCCUUGUGGGUGUAGCUUCGAAGGCAGAGAGUGUAGGGUCUGAGUUGAGUAAGAAGGUUCUAGAACUUACCGUUCUUUUAUAGUAGAGAUGAACGAAAUAAUAUGCAUUUAUAUAGAAGUGUUUCUUUCGUAAUAGAAGGACGAUAGUUCUAAAACUGAUAGUUAAAAGGUUUAGCGAAUAUAUACUUCUUGUAUUCAACACUUUUCAAACUGUCCAAACAUUUGUGUCAAAAGUGUUUUCAUAAAUGAGAAUAUCAGAUGAAAAACGGUAUCAUUGCCUUCUAUUACUGGAACUAAAUUCUCGAUAUUUUAUAUUCGCUGGUACGAAUGAGAUCUUGUAUGGCCUAAAGUGACAAUAUUGUUUGCCUAAAUAUUAAAAGCACAUAUCAAUAAAGGAUUUUAUCCUAAUGACGUAUCCUUGUAUCGGUCUAUUGUUGGACAAUACCGUAAGGCGUGUGAUAAAGUUUGAAACAUUACACCUCACUCUAAGUAUUCUAGAGGUAUAUCAAAUAUGAUUAAUGGCAAGUCAGCCCAUACAUAGCUGACCUCAAUGUAGGUUUAAACAUUUCAAUAUUUCUAUCAUAUCCAUCUUAUUCGAAUAACAUUUGUCUUGGGACCAGUCCCUAUAUUUUAGCUAGGAAUACCAUUUUCUAUGCCUCUCUUUUGAUACUUACAACAUUUUUCUACAUUUUAUAAAAUAUUUCAUACAAAUAAAAUAUGUAUAGUUAUCGGCACGGAUAUUGAGCCCUGACCUUCACUUGCGCAGAAGCGAUUUAUUGGUUUAUUGCCUUAUGUGUACAGUGCGCAAAGCGAUCUCCACUCUUCCGCCGAGAGCUCAAUAUCCGUGCCGGUAACUAUAGUUACGGUAAAGAGGUAACUAAUUAAAAUUGCGUAUUGGCAUCUAUUAUAUUAGUCACAUUCCAAUAAAUAAAACCUAUUUUUAGAUUACUUUAUAAAGCUUUUGUAGCGAUUGUUUGCGUUUGGUGCUUGUGCGUCGAAAUGUAUCGGCGUUAUGAAUUGUUUAUAGAAACACGCGAAACACAGAUGUAUUGUUUUCGUAUAUUUUUAUAUUAUUAUUAUUUAGAGAUCUGAAUGGAUUGUUACGGUCAUCAAUUAUUAUCGCUUAGUUUCAAUGAAAUAUAACGCUUUACAUUAUUCGUAUAUCUGUGUUAUUUGAAUGUUAUUCUUAAUAGGUUAUUUUUAUAGAUUAAUUAUUUAUUGGAAAAUGUAAUAAUGACCGAUGUAUUUAAGAUAUAUUUUUAUUGCGAAAUGCUAUUGAUAUUAAUUUUUAAUACAUGUUUGAUUUGCGCAAAAUACCUAAUACAGUUUAAAGUUUUGUUUGUCAAUGUACUUUUUGGAAGAUAACUUUGUAUGAAAUCUGCGAGUUUGUAAGGUAAUAUCAAUUAUUGUAAUACACGAAUUUCAUAGUAUUCUUAUCAUAAUAUUAGUAUCGAUGGCUUCCAUUGUUCAGGUAGUUCUGAACUCAAGCAGCGUAAUGUACAUAGAACCUACGUAGAUAGAUUUUGUACCGCAGUCUGUCGGCCUAACUGGAACAUAAUAACUAGUUGUUGUCUAAUGCGUAUUGUGAUGAAAUUUACAAUAAAAUUGCUCUUGUAUUAA